AUGCAGGGAUUGGGUGGCCAAGUCAGUGUGGCCUAUAAGGAUUUGUGUCUGUUCCCGGAUGUUCAGUUACCAGCAGGGUUCAAAAUGCCUAAGUUCGAUCUGUAUGACGGGCAUGGUGACCCGGUAGCCCACCUGAGGGGAUUCUGCAGCAAAAUGAGAGGGGCAGGUGGAAAAGAUGAGUUACUGAUGGCGUACUUCAGCCAGCGUCUGAGUGGGUCUGCUUUGGAGUGGUAUACACGACAGGACCAUGGUAGGUGGUAUACCUGGGAUGACUUGGCACAAGCGUUCGCCUGCCAUUUUCAGUACAAUCUAGAAAUUGUUCCAGAUCGCCUGUCACUGAUAAAACUCGAGAAGAAGCCCGGGGAGAGCUUCAGGGAGUAUGGGUUCCGCUGGAGAGAACAGGCCGCGAGGGUCGACCCUCCUAUGAAAGAAAGCGAGAUGGUCGAUUACUUUUUGCAGGCUUUGGAGCCGACUUAUUUUGGUCACUUGGUAAACGCAAUUGGCAAAUCUUUUAAUGAAGUUGUGAAGAUGGGAGGAAUGGUUGAGGAAGGACUGAAAUCCAAUAAAAUCAUGAGCUAUUCAGCGAUUAAAGCAACCACACAGGCCAUCCAAAGCGGCACUGGGGGCGUGCUCAGGAAAAAGAAGAAAGAAGAGGUUGCAACCGUUGAGUCCGGAGCUUGGUCCAGAUCUAGAGGCCCUUCACCCUACUACAACCAACCCCGACCCCACCACCAAAAUUACCCAUACACUCUAUAUAUCCCUCCACAACACUAUUACCCACCGCCAGAUCCACAUUUUUCCGUCCACCAUGCUCAAACUUAUACCCAGCCUCCGGCUCACGCACAAUGGCGUGCACCGGCUCCCCAUAACUCAUACCCAGCUCCACAAAACCCCUAUCCACCCCCAAGAGCCUACAGAAAUCCCCCGAAGCGGGUCACAGCCCAAACCCAGCCUUCAAAAAUGAGAGAUUACAGAAGCAAAAGACUUUCACUCCGCUGGGAGCACAUUGACACUCACCGAAUCGAGGUUCAGGCCCCAGAUUCACCAAAUAUUAACCAGAAUCCGUUGCCGGCUCACCACGAGGCCCACAUGAUUGAAUUUGUACAAAAGGGAUGGGAGCCCAAGAAACCCUCGCAAAUGUUGAAAGGGGCGGACAGUAAGCCAGAUGUGGUAGCCAAGAAAGGGUCAUCAAGCAUUGCUGCAGUAAAACCAGAGCCGAUCAAAGUAGUGAUACAAAGGGUAGCAAACAAACCCGUGGUGGUCGUGAAGGGAGCUCGCAUAGAGCCUGUUAUCAUAAAGCCAGUAACUCAGUUGCCAGUGACCAACAGCAAAGCCAUUCCUUGUAGUUAUGAACAGGUGGUGGUGACAUAUAAGGGGAAAGAAAUCAAAGAACAAGUCUGUGAGGCGCAGGGUCUGACUCGUUCGGGAAGGUGCUUUACCCCCGAGGAGUUAAGAAAAGCUAGGGUCUCCAAAGACAACCCGGUACUGGUUAAGAAGGCCGUGACAGAAGAGGAAGCAGAAGAAUUCUUGAAAAAGAUGAAAGUGCAGGAUUACUCUAUCGUCGAACAAUUAAGGAAACACCAGGCCAGAUCUCAUUGCUUUCAUUGCUUAUCCACUCAGAUGAGCAUCGCAAGGCGCUGA